AUGCGGGCGGCCGUUCCGUGGUAUGAGACGGACUGUUGGGCCCCUGGUGUUCUGGCUAUAGGAGCCGCUGUGAGGCAGAAAUCAGUGGAAGAUGGAUCGGUAACCAGGGAGUCGUUGCCUAUGAACUCAUUGCCAGUGAGCUCGUUGUUGAGUCGGAAGCUCGUCGAGGACGGAAAGAGAGGUUCUGAAAUGACAAUAUACAGGAAUAACGUUUGCAGCUUCUUCACAUCAAUAGCAGUCGUCGCGGAGACAUUCCCCAAUCUGCGGGAUGCUCGUGCGAGAAUCAGGCAGUUGUUGUCCGGAUACGAGUGGGGUAGAUUGAGGUGUAUUACAGAGAAAGAUUUGUCGGAGUGUCAGCUCAUUUACGUGGAGCUGGGCACAAUCAUUUCGUUGUUUGUCACCUCUCCCUUUGGGGAUGUCUCGGAAAAGGCACAGGAGACGGUCUCAAGGUUGCUGCAAGGAGUGGGAGGACGAAGACUGCGAAACCAUUGGAUCGCAGGCUGCCUACUACAACGUGCCGGGGUCUCCACAAAAAAGCUAAUUGAUUUUAUCGUUGAUACUUUAGGAUACAUACCGGCAGCGCGUACGACGGCAUUUGAAUUUCUUACCAAGGAUAGCGUACCAUACUCCAAGUACGUUCAAAGGGCAGCUACAACAAAUAGGAAGGAGCUGCUGCUCGGUCGAGAAAAGAUAUUGCCCACGAACAGGAUCACCGCGAGCGACUUUGCAACGAAGAUUUUCGCAAAGACGUAUAUAUCCGGCCACGAACUUCGAGACAUAGUUUCCAGGACGCGUAACACUCGUCCAAAACCCGCGGUGGCUCCUAUUUACCGUCCUGGGACCAGACCGAGGAACGACGAGCCCUGCCAGGUCGCGAACUUGUCUCCAGAAGCAAUAGGCAAAAAACUGGACCAAUUGAUGCGCGGCCGACAGGGGAAGUUGGCCGGAAUUGAGGAAAAGGAUUUCGACAGGUGCAGCUUAGACUAUGUGGAGCUUGGUGGUAUUGUUCACCAAUAUUUGAGAGACGCUUUUGGUAGCGUUUGUUCGCGGGUUAAUAUCAGGAUAGCUACCGCCAUGGAGGAAGCCCAAAAGUCUAGGCGAGUCAAGGGAUGGAUAUCGGGGUGCUUGCUACAGCAUGCAGAGGUACCGAUUCCAGAUCUAUUUGACUUAUGUAUCCAGGAGCUGAAGUAUACGCCGUCGACCACUUGGAGGUUGGAAUGUCUAAAACCACGUAACGAGCGGUACAGAACGGACGCGAGGCAAAAGCCAGUUGAUCCGAAGAUGCGUUUCUACGAACUUUUAGGCGGCCUAAACGAGAAGGUCUCCCUCCCUGAGUUUUUAAAGUUGGCGGCGAUGAACGGCAAACAACAAAAAGAGUUUCUGCGCGGAAGGUAUUACUCAUGUAUAGCCUCCUUGAAGCGCACAGAGACUCUCGGCUGCACAGUUGCAAGAAAGUCGUCCCCGAAACCACCAGCUCAAGUUCCAUCAGCUCCGACUUCGAAACAGGAAAAGCCAGCGGGAAAGUUACCUCCGCAGACUGUGGAGCCGGGCGGGCUAACAACCGUGCUUGACCCUUCCAUGAUGUACUGCCACCCGGACGACCUCAUUGAAUUUCUCAGCUGGGUGGAAUCAAGCCGUCAUUAA